AUGGUUAGCUGGGAGAGGGGGGAUGUGGUGUUGAUUGAUAAUUACGCCGUGCAGCAUGCGAGGGAGCCAUGGACGGGAGAUAGGAAGCUGUUGGCUAGCUUGUGGGAUGACGCAGAGGUACCGCCGGCGGCAUAA